AUGCCGUCCCAGGACCUGGAGCACGUCCACAGCGAGGCCGACUCGCUGCUGCACCGCGGCCAGGAGCGCGCCCAGCGCUUCUUCCACGGCUUCGUCGACUUUGCCUUUCAAGGCAACAUUCUAGAAAUCGCCUUUGGCCUGAUCGUCGCGGCUGCGUUCACGGAGCUGGUCAAGUCGUUUGUCGGCAACAUCUUGAUGCCGCCCAUCGCCGUCAUCUUCCCGCUCAACAAGAAUAUUGAGGAAAAGUUCGCCGUCCUGCGCCGCGGCGACAAGGUCAACACGACCACGCAGUACAGCACCGUGCAGCAGGCGCUCGACGAUGGCGCCGUCGUCAUGGCAUACGGCUCAUUCAUCUAUCAACUCGUCUCCUUUACCAUGGUUGGGCUGUGUCUAUAUGGUGUGGCGCACAUUUACACUCUGGUCUCGCACGACCCCAUCAUCAAGUACACGACAAAGUGUCGCUACUGCCGCAAGCGAAUCAAUGAAAAGGUAUGCAUGGCUCCUCUCCAACAAUGA